AUGGCUCUCCGCAAAGUCCUCGCUGCUUGUGCAGCUCUUGCUCUGGUGGGCGUCGACGCCAGCCGCUGCAGGCCCCAUUCGAGCCACGCGAUCUCUUCGUCCACCGUGACCGAAUCAUCAACCGUCAUCACGUCGUCUUCUGCUAUCGAGUCGUCAACUGCCGCCUCGACAACUGUGUCCGAAGAAGUAUCAUCGUCUACAACUCAGAGCAGCGAGGCUUCAUCAUCAACAGUCGAGAGCAGCGCCACCAGCACCACUUCCACUGUGCCCACAUCGACCGGCUAUCUUUCCAACCCCGGUUUCGACAACAACGGAGCUGGCUGGACCCUUGCUGGACAGGCCUCCAUCAACGACUACAACUGGUAUCACGAUGCUGUCGGCGCUGCUCUACUAUCUGUUACGGAAACCGGACAAGACGCAGGGAGCAGCAUCUCCACCCCUCUCAGGAACCUCGUGCCCGGACAAGACUACGAGGUUUCCAUGUACUGGUCGCUCAACUGGUGGUGGAGCCCCGACGUCUGCUCCUACGUCUUCUACAUCGACGACCAAGACUUCACGAGUGCGGUUCAAACGACGAGCGGCUGGGUGCAGCUGUCGACAAGUUUUACGGCGCCUAAGGUCGAUCCAGAGCUGAAGAUUCAGCUAUGGUGCUCAGCCAUUCCUAAUAAUGGAGAGUCGGACUGGGAGCCGUUGGUGAACGCCUACAUCGACGACGUGGCUAUCGUCGAGUCUAAUUAG